UGUGUGAUUGGUCCUUGCAGCCAAACAAACACAAGCAUGCGAAUCGUGCCUCUAGAACCCAAAACAGUGAGCCUAAUUUUAGCCGGUCUCCUCCUGGCGAUUUUGAAAAAAAAGAAAGGGAGAGCUUUUAGUCUCGUGUCAAAAUCUCUCCUUUUUGUAUAUAAAAAAUGCAAUGGCCAUCUAGAAAACAAACAAAUCUGGAAGAGAAGAGCUGACCGACAAAUGAGAAAUUGAGAAGCUAAUAAACUCGAGGAAGAAAACGCCGGCUAUAUAUACGGAGGAAUCCCUUGGCAUCCACCCGACGACGCGCCGGCCGGAGAGGAGACAACCACCCGACGACCAUGGCAGCCGCCGCCGCGGCAUACUGGCUCGCCGAGCACCCGGCAAUCGUCUCCUUCCGGUGGAGCCCCACGGGGCUGUGGUUCUCCACCUGGGCCUUCCUGCUCGGCUUCCUCGCAUCCUACGUCGCGCUCUGCCUCGCCCUCGAUGCCAUCCUCGCCGCCGCGCUGCGCCGCCGGAGGCCGCUCACGCUGGGGCCCGUGCCGGCCGCGCACGCGCUCCUGAUGGCGGCGGUCUCCGCGGUCAUCUUCGCCGGCACGCUGCUCUCCGCGCUCGCCGAGAUACGGGACACGCGGUGGUCGUGGCGCGGCCGCAGCCGCACCACGCCCUUCCGGUGGCUUCUUUGCUUCCCGCCGGGGACGCGCUCCUCCGGCCGCGUCUUCUUCUGGUCGUAUGCCUACUACCUCUCCCGCUACCUCCACGCUGCGCGGGGGCUCUUCGCCGUGCUGCAGCGGCGCCGGGGCGCCGCGGCGAGGGUGUUCGCGCACGCGGCCUCCAUCGCCAUGGCGUUCCUCUGGCUCGAGUUCUCGCAGUCGUUCCAGGUGCUCGCCAUCCUCGCCUCCACGCUCGCGCACGCCGUCGCCUUCGGCUUCCGCUUCUGGGUCGGCGCCGGCCUCCCCGCCGCGCGCGCCGCCCGGGGCGCCCCCGUCGCCCUCGCCUGCCAGUGCGCGCUGCUCGGGUGCAACCUCCUCUGCCACGUCGGCGUCGUGUGGAUGCACUUCGGCGGCGUCGCCGGCGGCGGCUGCAGCGGCAUCGGCGCCUGGGUCUUCAACACCCUCCUCAACGCCGCGCUGCUCUGGGUCUUCUUGCAUUGCUACGGCAAGCGCGGCGUCUGCGACGACGACGGCGGAACCACCGCCGCCCGCAAGGACCUAUGACGGCCGCGCGCCACCAUCUUGUAACAUGUUCCUUCCUUCCUUCCCUCCUUUCUUGAUUGUACAUAGGUGUGGCGUCCAAACGGGGAAGAGAUUAACGUAAUACGAAAGGAGAUAAUCAACAGCAAGAGGGGAUUGGUGUAGGAGCAAUUCGAUGAUCCAAUCCCUGCCUGUUUAGCUUUAGUAUGUUGUAAUUGUGUUCAUGUCGAUAAAAAAAAAACAAGUUUUGCAAAUCUUGUUGCUUCUGUGUCAUGAUAUGAGGCGAUUUCUCCACCUGCACGCGUUUGUGGUUGUGAAAAACCUGGUCUUUAUGGGCAACUCAACUGCUAGGACAAUUUCAGUUUGAUCCGGCGUAUGAUAGACAAGCUGAUUAAAAUAUUCCAGUCCAGCGAUUUUGUUGAUAUAUAAUACCGAUGAACAAACUUGAAUUGACUUAUCCGUGUCAUGAUCCGGCAAAAUCUGUACAUUGGUAUACAUUCAUCUUUCUGAACAACUCCUGAAUUUCUAAGCAAGACACCUGCCUUGUCUUGAUCAGUUACAGGUGAAGGCAGAACAGAAAAGGAUGUAUCGAUCUCUUCUUCAAUCUCAUCUUUUUCGCCGGGUUUCUUCAAUCUCAUCCCCCAAGGUUGAUAUUCCAACUGAUGCUCUUGCUACAGGGUGAAGAAUUCAUCUAAACGUUGAGCUACAUGACAACUCUCUCAGGGAUAAACAGAAAGGAAAAAUAAACAUUAACAGAGUUGAGGAGCAAUUCACUGCUCGCUUUGUCGCGUGGCAUUUGCACAAGGGAGAGCGUGGCGUGGCAACCGAUGAGCAUAUAUGUGGGCUACAAGCAGGGCAGCAUGUUUACAUGUGUGGCUCAGCAGAGGGGAGCAGAUCAUCAGGUUGCAGCCUCUGCACUCUGCAGCGCACAAAACGGGAGCCAUCCAUCAUCAAAUGCAGGCUAGGUUGCAAUGCAACUCCAUGUCCUGCAACCUGUUCAUCUGCUUGGCAUCUGCCUCCCUGAGCACUGUAGGAACUGGGGCUCGAUCACUCCCCAACUGUUGCUUCAUUGAUUAAAAACCAUGAGUGAGCUGCAGCAACCAGAUGAGCAAGGUGUCUUAAUCGCUACUAUGUUAGUAUGCUUGCAUUAUUGGUUGGUUCUUGGUUGCAUUCCAAUUCUUUGAUCUCCUCCUGUCAGUUUCAGUUUGUGGGGACUUUAGUACUACUCCUACCUCACAGUAUUGUAUGGUGAUUUCGCAAGCAGCAGUACCAUUGGAGUAAUACUG